AUGGCACCUCCAACUCCUGAAGCAGAGGCACACCAGAUUCUCAUCGAUCAACUCGAUAUACACGCUAUCCCUAAGCCCUUUCGCUCCGCUCACUGGAAGCCCAAUCAACGUCGCAACAAGAACAUCAAGACAAUAAUCGGCGAUGUUAUUCGCAAGGAAGCAUCUACAAUGGCGACUCAGGACAACUCCGGCGCAGUCACUCCCUUACCCGACGAUUCUGUCACGUCUACAGACGGCGAUAUUACUCCUGCAGUCUCCACGGCAUCUGCAACUUUACAACCAAAUCUAGCACAGGCAUCACGGAACCUAUCAAAAUUAGUCCUGGAAAGGAACAUGAAGAGUAGCGGCUUCUCGUCUGCUCCAACCGCUACAUAUACGAAUAUCGAAAGCGCUCCAAGCAUGGCGCAUAACAAGCAUUAUUGUGACAUUACGGGGUUGCCAGCACCUUAUACAGAUCCAAAGACCAGGCUCAGAUAUCACAACAAAGAGGUUUUCGGGGUGAUUAGGACUCUGGGACAGGGUGUCGCGGAGCAGUAUUUAGAGGCCAGAGGGGCGCAUACAAUCUUGAAAUGA